GUCCGCUUGACGUCAACAAACAUGGAGGAGUAUGCCCGCGAGCCUUGCCCUUGGAGGAUAGUGGAUGACUGUGGAGGAGCUUUCACCAUGGGGGCCAUCGGAGGAGGGGUUUUCCAGGCAGUGAAAGGUUUUCGAAACGCCCCGGCUGGGGUUGGACACAGACUGAGAGGAAGUGCAAACGCAGUGAGAGUUAGAGCUCCUCAAAUCGGAGGUAGUUUUGCUGUCUGGGGAGGCCUCUUCUCCACCAUCGACUGUGGUUUAGUUCGUCUGAGAGGGAAGGAGGAUCCAUGGAACUCCAUAACAAGUGGCGCCCUCACGGGGGCCAUCCUAGCAGCACGCAGUGGUCCGAUAACCAUGAUGGGCUCCGCGAUGAUGGGGGGGAUCCUGCUCGCUCUCAUUGAGGGUUUCGGUAUUCUUCUGACUAGAUACACAGCACAACAGUUCCAGAACCCUGUUCCCUUUGCAGACGACCCCAGUCAGCUCCCUCCCAAAGACGGAGACCAUCAGCAGCAGGCUUCAAAGGGGCUUUUUCACUAGAUAACGUCUGCAGACUGAAGACGCAGGGAAUCGGAGCGGGUCGCAAUGAGAAGAGA